UAGGUACGUUAUUCUUGGCGGAGGCUAGGGGAUACGGCAAGAGGGCAUACCUAGUGUCAGUUCACAUCUGAGCUCACUCGGAUUUGGAGGCUUCUUCUGUGCUGUACGCUUGGAGGCUUGACACAACAUUCAACCAUAAAAAAUGGCGGAAGACGCAAGCAAGAAGGCCAAGGAGGGAGGUAAAGAUGGAAAGCGUGCCACGCGCGCCACCUCCAACGUCUUUGCUAUGUUCAACCAGAACCAGAUCCAGGAGUUCAAAGAGGCUUUCUCGAUGAUGGAUGAGAACCGAGAUGGCUUCAUCGAUGCCAACGACCUCAGGGCCAUGUACUCCUCACUGGGCAGAGAACCCAAGGAAAGCGAACUGGAAGCUAUGUUGAAGGAAGCCCCAGACCCGUCAAAGUUCAACUUCACUGCUUUCCUCACACUUUUUGGUGAACAGUUACACGGUACCGAUCCCGAGAACACGCUUAUGAUGGCUUUCAAAAUGUUUGACGAAGACGGCAAAGAUUAUAUCGACGAGCCUUACGUAAAAGAAUUGCUUACGCAAAUGGGUGAUAACUUUUCUGAUUCGGAAUUAAAACAAACCUGGAGGGAGGCUCCCGUCAGCGACGGCAAGUUCGACUACAAAAAGAUGGUGAAAAUCAUGAAGCGCGGUGCUGACGAGGACAUCCAGUAAACCCUUCCCAAGUCUCCAUCUCUCUCCUACUCACUUCAUUCUCCCUUAUGAAUAUUCAUGGCAAACUUGACCUUUUUGACAUCAUGAGAUAUCUAUGACACCAUGGAAAAUUACCAUCAAAGAAAACGGAAAUGAAACGAGAUCACAUGGCAAUCACCUAUUUUAACAUAAACUAUCAUCAUGGACGUUUUGAUGUUUCUCGCGGACGGUAAUAAAAUACGCUCCUUAUGUGUAAAAUGGGUGAUUUUAAAACUUAUUCACAUGUCACAAACUAACCAAUCAUUGUCAAGAACACAUCGCGUGUGUCCCGCCAUUUUGUGAGUUAGGAAAAGCCACUGUCAUUGUGGUCGUUACUGUAUACAACUUGUGAUCAAAUUAUGUGAAAUUCAAAUAAAUCUUAUUUAUUUAUGAAUUAUUGUCAUAAACUCAACAAACGAUAUAUCAGCGGUUUAUGAUGGCAAUUUUAAACAGCUAAAUCAAAGAAAAUCUAUGUAAUGUAUGAAGCAAGAUGUCGAAGCCUCCAAGUCGAAACGUUUUCGAAUAACACGUUUCCCAAUUCUUUUUGGCCAAAGAGUGGUAUGCAUUCCAAUUACACAUAAAGUUGGGGCGUUUCCCAUCUUUCUAUGAGUAGCAGUUGUGCUGUUGUCUGUCUUUUCCUAGGCAGAUCAACAAUUUGGAUGUUAUCAUGGGGGUAAAAUGCCAAUUGAUCAAGGUCGAGCUUCAAGGUCAGCAGAAAAGCGAAGCCAACAACAUUUUGAAGCAUUUCAAACUCCGAGUCACAAAUCAGAAAAGCAAAUUUGUAUUUUACAGAGUUGCAGUUCUUUUGAAUACUAGAACUAUUUUGAUCCCCCAUGUUAAUUCUAACGACUGCUCACUCAGAAUAUAAGCCCCAGCAGUCUUGCUAAACAGCAAGCCCAGUUUGAGUUCGCUCUCUGGCUGGUUCUGUUGGCCAAGCAGGAUUGUGGAUAGCCCAGUGUUGUGUUUAUUAACCUGUUUUGAUUCAUAGUCCAGAAACAUCUCUCAGCCUCCAAAAUAUGAAAGCACACCUUUAACUGUUUCAUCAGGUGCUGUGCGUACUAGUCACCUUUAAAUGCCGUAUCCUCUGGAAUCUGGACUAUCCGUAGACGCUAGGUAGCUAAGAUCGUACCUUCAUUCGCUCCUUUUAAGGAUUCGACGAAGAUGCGGCGUUGCACGAAGUUAAAUAUAUGACCUGUCUUGUGAAUAUGUCUGGAAUAGUAUAUGCUUAGGUACACUAGGUAAGCAAGAAUUUGCUUAUCUGCAUGCAUUGCAGUGAAGUUGGAUUGUUCGUGGGGUUUCUUAUUGAAACAAUAAAAUGCUGUGCACAGGCAA